AUGGCGCAUACACUUGAUUAUAUGAACAUUAAUUUCACUUCGUUGGAAGAUUUGGAUACAAUUGAUUCUAAAAUCAGCCAAUUGGAAGUACAGAAAAGUCAGAUUGGUAAGGCAGUGGAUCAAAGAUUACUGAAUAGAAAUGCCACUCCACAGCCGCAGGAUAUAGAUGAAGAAACCGCUGUUUAUGUUGGUAGUAUAGUGAGUAGUAUUAAUGAGUUAUUAGAUGAUCGCGGGAGUCUGACUGAAGUUAAGAUCGAAAGAAUCGAUGGUCUAAUCGAGCAACAUGGGGAGCUCAAAGUUUUGAAGGAUUUGAAGGUAUUAUUUGAAGGGAAGAAAACAGAAGAAUUGACUGUUGGCUUGUUAGAAAAGGCAAGAGGUUUAGAGUCUGCAAUUAAGUCACUCGAUGCGAACCAACAGGAUGAUUUUGAAAAGAUAAAUCAGGAUAUAAAGGAAUUGAAAGCAAAUCAGUUAUCUUCUGAUUACGAUGAGAUCAUCGAGAAAUUAUCCCUUGACUUUCUGAAUAAGGUUGAUGAACGGAGACUGAAACUUGCUGAUGAUUUAAAUAAAUUACUAACCAAAGUACAUUGGUUAGCACCCAAAUCUAAAAGUCAAUCAAUCCCAAAUAGGGACUUGAAAGAAAUUACUUCUUCUUUUCAAAAAUUACUUGACUUGCAAAUAAUAGUUGGUAAACCAACUUAUCCUGAUUCAUGGUGGGCAUUAGAGGUGCUAUUGCAGCCUUUUAUAAUCAGAUUCAAUUACCAUUUCGAUAAUAAAAAUAAGGAAACUAAUAAACUCAGUAAACCAGAAUGGGCAUUCAAUUUUUUUGAAGAGUUUCUCAUUGAAGAUAUCUCAUAUAUAGAAUUGAUCCUGGGAGGAAUGUUGGAGAAAUAUGGAAGAGUGUCAACCUAUGAGAUUAUAACAACCACAUUAAAACCUGUCAGAGACAAGAUAUCUAAAAUGGUCAGAAUAUUGAAUGACAAUAUUUCUAAAUGUCAGGAUCAGGCGGAUAUAUUUGAGAAGAGUGGUAGACUAUUGGCCCAUCUUAUUUUUGAAUUGAGUUCCUUUGAUCAAAGAUUAAGAAAUCAAUAUAAAUAUAAUCCAUACAUUGAUGGAUUUGAUGAAGCCCCCUCCAAGAAAUGGCUAGGAUUGACUGGUGACAUUUUAAUCCAUGACAAGAAUGAGAAAGAGGCAGUUACAAAUUGGCUUAAUUUUGAAUAUGAUUUGGCUAAGAAAAGAUUUGAUAGUGAAAUCAUUGGCUUGAGGGAUGCAUUUGAUAUCGAUUUCGAUCAUCAUGGCGAUGAAUCUAAUACCUCAAAACACUCUUUAAAACCUACUUAUUCGUCAUACAAUUUGGUAAAACUUUUCAAUAAUCUCACUAAUCAUUAUAAAACACUUAGCAUUGUCAAAUUUCAAUUAAGAUACGUCUCACGAAUUCAAAUAAAAUUGAUUGACUUAUACUUUGAACAUAUUAUUAAAGAAUUUAGAAAGUUUAGUGACACUUUCAAUUCUAAUAAAGUUUUGAACUUCAUCCCUGGUGGAUUAAAAGAAUCUGACAAAACUGGGAAUACAGAUGUUUUAACUAAUGGGCUCAAUGGAUUGAAAAUUUUAACCGGAUUGUUCUGUUCACUCAGAUUUAUCAGAGAUUCUUUUGACGAAUGGUCUGAGGAGCUAAUCUUUGUUCAACUCUGGGAUUCUUAUGCAAAAAUAAGUCACGAUGAAGUUGGUAAAACUCUUUUCGAUUUUCCAAUUGAAGAAAAUGACCAUCUAAUCAAUAAACAGAUUCAACAAUAUGAAGAGUUUUUCAGAAGAGAAAUAAAGAACUCCUUGAAAUCGUAUGUUAAUUCAACUCAAUGGAACAUUCCAGACUCUACAACAUCUGCAGAACCUUCUGGUCAAUUAUCCACUUUAAUCACCAAUAUUCCAAACUACAUGGACUUCUUGAGAAAAAGCGUUUCUGACGUAGAUUAUUACCAAAUCUCUAAUAAAGUUGUUUCCAUUCUUUGUACAAUUUUACAUGAAUAUAUUGUCACCAAUAAUCAAUUUUCAAAAAUGGGGAGUGAACAAUUGAAAACAGAUUUCCAGUUUAUUUCUGAUAAGUUUCGGGAUGAUUUACUUCUCUACGAAACUAAUGAAACUAUUUAUACCAAUAGAUCUCAUAAGAGUUACAUGAGAUUGAAGGAAUCAAUUGACUUUUUACAAAACAUUGAUCCAUCGGUUGCUAAAAGCUUGAGGCAAAACAUGAAUAAAGUACCUCAAUUAAGAUCUCAGUUCGACCAUUAUUUACAACAUUUGAAUGAUCAUGAGAUCAACGAUUUGAUUUACCGUAUAGUAUAG